AUGGCUCCCCCUAUGCAGAACGUUUGCAUUCCGAUGCAUUUGGAUGCCUUUGUCUUAUCUCCAAAACUCUGCGAUGCAUCACGUCAAUCAAAGAUUGCCCCAUACACCCAGCCAAACUACACUGCUUUGCGCCUCAAAAGCAAUCUUUUACAACAUGAUAUCCUUGAUCAGGUAGACUUCCAUAAUACUCAACCAGCCACCCGAAAUUCCAGGACUGCUGAUAUUGGAUCUUCGCCCCCAAACAAUCUGAACCUGCAUCGAAUGGGCGUGCAUCUUCAAUGGUCUCUUCCUCGAUGCUAUCGCACGGCUGCCGCUACUGGACGAACAACGAGUAGUUCCAAAGGUGGAACGACUGCGGACCCAGCGCAGCCUACGUUUCGCAAGAUUCCCAAUCGGUGGUUAAUCACCAGGCAUCUAAAAACACCAACUAAUCCUCCUCCUGGGGUCAAUCUCUUCCAAAGUUGGGUCGUUGAGAGCGAUGUUGUUCGAAAGAUCAAGGAGAUUCCCGCCGACGAGGACUUGGAGAGCAGUGUGUCGCCCUUUGUCUCUUACGCCGGAGGUGAUCCUAAAGCUCCUAAAUCGAGUGACCCGGCGUCCAACCCAAAUGUGCUAAACGAACAAACGGAAGUUUUCCUGGGCCGGAAAUUCGAUCUUCAGAACUGGCCUGGUACUGAUCCGAGGAACUAUCUUCCCGGUGGCCUGACCGUCAUGAGUUCUUCAAAUCCAUACUUUGCUGACAACGCUCUUCACAAUGCCAACGUGCUCUCUAUCAUUGACAACUUUUCUUACCCACGAAACACCAAUGACUCAAAUCCGAGGGACGACAACUUCAGUUACUUGAGUAAGGCCACCUGUGAUUACUUUGUAAUUGGAUGGCACAGCGACCCCAAUGACGACCCAUUCAACAUCAAGCUGGAUCACUUAAGUACCUCUAAUCUGAGUACUCGAGUUUCCGACCUCAUGAUGCAACUGAGUCCCAAUGAAGCAGGGGAUGCUGGCAAGUUCAAAAACUUGCAAGAUCAAACAAGAUGUCUUGUUCAUGGCGCCAUUUACGACGUCAGCUAUGAUUUUAACAAUCUGCCUGCUCAAAGUGUUGCAGAAGAUGGUGCAAACCUCUUCAAGCCAGAGGCCAAAUCUAAAAUAGAGCCCUUGUCAAUCGGAACGACUGCUCUUGAUAGUAUUUUGACUUUUCUGGAUGCCCAUCAACAUGACUCGGACCAAGCCAGCCCAUUUGGCCCGGGGGGUGCCUCUCUGGCUCAUCAAGUAGUGGAGCUUUCUCAGCUGCUUUAUGCGGCCGGUGAUCAGUAUGAUUCUCGUGUCCAGGCACAAGACAUGAUUUCUCAGCAGAAUUUCUCAAAGACUGAUGGUGGCUCUGUUUGGAGCUACUCCAAAGGUGCUCAAAGCCAAGGCGCGCAACAACCUUUGACAAAUAGUGGCCAACCAAAUAUUCCAUCAAAAGAUGAGAAAACGGUAUUGGAACAGCUGAAUCAAAAGCAGUUGGUACUAGACAUAGCGACUAGAAAACUGUCAUGGCUACAGUGGUCGCUUUUCGCUGAAUGGUUCAAGUACAAGAGCCAGUUCAUCCCCACUGUUGGCCGCCCAGCUGUGCUGCAAGCUUAUGCAGAUGCAGUAAAGCCGAUAAAGGAUAGUAUCAAUGGCGCCACAAACCCAGAUGGAACAGUUGUCACGGGCCUCAAGAGUUUCAUCACGUCGCUGAACAAUGAUAUAUCCGAUCUAAAAGGUAAGGUCGAUUGCAAGUCGUCUGCACGAGAACCGUAUCGACUGCGAUCUGAUCCUACGCUUUCUAUUGUGGGUUUGGACUCUGGCUGGCCGGUAGAUAUCUUGGAUACUCUGCAGGUCCUGCUAGAUGAGGAGCUGUUGAAUGAUAUCUCUACGGCCAAAACUAUCUUUGGAACAUUGAAAAAUCCUGUCCCUCAGGAUAACGGACUUAAUGUUACUGCUGCCAAGUUACUUGCUGAAUGCAUGGCAAGCACCAACAUGGGAACCACCAAUGGCAAAACCGGCACUCCAAAGAUCACAGGCUUUCAGUCUUGGGGUAACCGCAAUCCCUUUGCUCCCCUGUUCAUUGAAUGGGAAGGGCUCUACUACCAUAUCGACAAAGAAUUAUGGGAUGUACAACUUCGCCCGAGUCCAGUUGGGCAUCCGAUCUCCCAGGUCCGAUAUGUUCCAGGGCAAGCGUUGUUGACAGCAGAUGGGGCAAGUCAGGCAGACUUUCGUACCCUCAAUGGAAGAGUCAUGGUCUUGCCGCAGCCAACACUGAACCUAGAGACAAUGGUCGCUCAGGUGCUUCAGAACAAAUCCAAUGUACUUCCUCCAGACAUUGACGCUUCUGCUUUGCAGCAGCAAAUCCGCAAGAUCAAGUUCUUGUCUGCACCGUUGUCUGGCUUAACAAAUCAUCUCGUCACAACAGUUCAAGGAGCACAUGUGAAACCUAAUGUCAGGGUACAAGGUCAAAACGUGAUUCCCUUGACUGCGGCAGAUGCUACUGAAAUUGGUAUCGACGUCCCAACUUUGGCCCUGAUGGAAGAUCAAAGCGCGCUGACGCCAUAUGGUUCACUGAUGGAAUUUGCACUGAAUGAUUAUCCAAACAACCCAUUCAAACUUGUUACGCAUGGACAGAUGGUGCUUACAAAACUCAACAUCAUCGAUAAGUUUGGACAAGCCAUCACUAUGCCUGAUCUCAAUCGACGACUCGUCAACCAGCCAAAACCUCCAGAUGCAAAGAUUUACCCAAGCUUGAGCGACUACUUGGCACCAGAUAUUAUCGAAGUUGACGAUGGGAGCGGAGGCAAGAAGAAGGUUUUGAACACACUGUUUCCAACUCCAGAUCCAGUUGUUGAAGGCUCGUGGCCAGUUUCUCAGUUCAUCCAAUUGACCCCAGCCAUCAAUCAGGAUGCAAGGAUCAAUGGUGUUUUUCUGACGCAAGACACAAUCGCAUCAAAUAAAUAUUCUGCGUGGAGAGAAGCUACAGAUUUUGAGAAUCCAAUCUGGGGCUGGCUGGUGGUCAACUAUGCCGAUAACGGCCUGCAGUUCUUCCUCAGUGAUGGUACCUUUUACCGCGAGAUCCGCAAGGGCGGAGUCAAUGGCACCAACGUUUCAGCCAAGUGGCUUCCCUACGCGGCACCCAAAGGCAGUCUUGUUCCGAGUGACGCAGGGACAUACCAGCUCAGUAAGCUACUUGACCAGCUUUCCCCAGAGGUCGAUACAGAUGGUACAUACCUACAGGCUUUCUUUGACAUGAUCAACGGAGCAAUCCAAAACAUGCCCUUUCCCCCAUCAAGCUAUUCUGCCUACGCCAAUGCUAUCGUCGGCAAACCGCUGGCCCUGGUAAACGCUGGUUGGAGCAUAGAACUCGCACAACCGCCGCUAGAGCCUCAGUUUGAUUCCAUCUCCAGCAGACCCGACACCUGGAAAGGGGAGCUUGAGAGAUAUGGAUUUAAGCUGAAGAUUGGCGAUGCAGCUCGUAAUUUUGACGGCGUUGUCGGUUACUUCCUAUCAUCCAAUGCAGCUGCACCAGGGUCUAACGGUAAUAUCCCAGAUCCACAGCCGGUCACGGAGUGGGAUACGCUGUUCACAUACUUCCCACCAGAAGGGAAGUCACAAAAGGGAGUUCAGGGUAUUUACCCAGAUAACUACCCUGUUCUGAACCCAUAUUACCUGCAUCCCGAACCGGAGAAGACGGCCAACAUUGUCGAGGCCAAGAACAGGAAAUAUCUUGUCACUUCGCUCUUGGUAGAUCCGUACACGCCUAUUCACGGAUAUUCGCCGACUCUUCCUACCAAGUCACUAACAUUACCAGACUGGGCGGUCAAGGUGGCUAUGGACAAGAUGCAUGCCUUCUUCCAUCUUGGACCAUCACUUGUCACGGAUGAUGUCCCUCUCACAUAUUCAGAGGCGAAUGCAAUCAACCCUGACAAAACACCAAAGAAUGCUGUUGGCUUGCCUGUAUCGGGAAGCAAAGGUACUUGGACGUGGUUGCAGCCUUAUGCGCAGGAUGGGUUUGCUGAUGAUGGGACUGAGUUGCCGGCUGAGUAUGCAACUAUGGGGGUGAAUGUAGAUGUUGGUUCGGUGAAGUUUAAGCCGGCGCCGUAUACAUUAUUGGAAGGGUACUUGCAAUUAAUGGGCAAGUUGGACAACACAGGGGGCAAAUAA